UGUCAAACCUCUUGUCAAACCAAUAUCAAAAUCAAACCGUGUCAAAUUCACGUCAAUCGAUCAAAUCAACUUUGUGAAGAACUUUAGGUACACAAUCAAAAAUUUAAAGAACGGCCCCCUAAAGCACUCAUCAAGAUUUGAAGAAUUGUAAAGAAAAGCCAGCAAAAUGACGGAUUCAAAAUAUUUUACAACUACGAAGAAAGGAGAGAUCUUUGAGUUGAAAUCUGAACUUAACAGCGACAAGAAAGAGAAGAAAAAAGAGGCCGUCAAAAAAGUCAUAGCUUCAAUGACAGUUGGCAAAGAUGUCUCAGCAUUAUUCCCCGAUGUUGUGAACUGCAUGCAGACUGACAACUUGGAGCUCAAGAAGCUGGUAUACUUGUACCUGAUGAACUAUGCCAAGUCUCAGCCCGACAUGGCCAUUAUGGCUGUUAACACUUUUGUCAAGGACUGCGAGGAUUCCAACCCGUUGAUCCGCGCGUUGGCCGUCCGCACAAUGGGAUGCAUCCGAGUGGACAAGAUAACGGAGUACUUGUGCGAGCCACUAAGGAAGUGCUUGAAGGAUGAAGACCCGUAUGUGAGAAAGACGGCGGCCGUGUGUGUCGCGAAGCUGUAUGAUAUCUCGUCCAGUAUGGUUGAAGACCAGGGUUUUCUAGAACAGCUGAAGGAUCUGCUGAGCGAUUCAAACCCCAUGGUGGUCGCUAACGCCGUGGCGGCUCUCUCCGAGAUCAAUGAAGCCAGUGUAUCGGGGCAUCCGCUUGUUGAGAUGAACGCAUCGACAAUCAACAAGUUGCUGACGGCGUUAAACGAAUGUACGGAGUGGGGGCAAGUGUUCAUACUAGACGCGUUGUCUAACUACUCUCCGCGGGACGCCCGCGAAGCGCAUUCCAUCUGUGAGCGUAUCACCCCACGACUGGCACACGCCAACGCUGCCGUCGUACUGUCAGCUGUGAAGGUACUAAUGAAGCUGAUGGAGAUGGUGUCAGAUGACACCGAGCUGGUCAGCACGUUGUCUCGCAAACUAGCGCCCCCGCUGGUGACUCUCCUCAGCGCCGAGCCCGAGGUCCAAUACGUGGCCCUUCGCAACAUCAACCUGGUGGUCCAGAAACGGCCGGAGAUCCUCAAGCAUGAGAUGAAGGUGUUCUUCGUAAAAUACAACGACCCAAUCUACGUGAAAUUGGAGAAAUUGGACAUCAUGAUCCGCCUGGCGUCGCAGGCCAAUAUCGCGCAAGUUCUUGGAGAAUUGAAGGAAUACGCCACCGAAGUGGAUGUGGACUUCGUGAGGAAGGCUGUCAGGGCUAUUGGCCGGUGCGCUAUUAAGGUGGAGCCAUCAGCCGAGCGUUGCGUGUCCACCCUGCUGGAGCUGAUCCAGACUAAAGUGAACUACGUGGUGCAAGAGGCCAUAGUGGUGAUCAAGGACAUCUUCCGCAAGUACCCCAACAAGUACGAGAGCAUCAUCAGCACGCUCUGCGAGAACUUGGACACGCUGGACGAACCCGAGGCCAGGGCUUCUAUGGUUUGGAUAGUGGGUGAGUACGCGGAACGUAUCGACAACGCCGACGAACUGCUGGACUCGUUCCUAGAAGGUUUCCACGAUGAGAAUGCUCAGGUGCAACUGCAACUACUUACGGCGGUGGUGAAACUGUUCCUGAAGCGACCCGCCGACACUCAGGAGUUAGUACAACACGUCCUCAGUCUCGCCACGCAGGACUCUGACAACCCCGAUCUCAGGGACCGGGGCUUCAUCUACUGGCGCCUCCUAUCUACCGACCCUGCCGCUGCCAAGGAAGUGGUGUUAGCUGACAAACCUCUCAUCUCCGAGGAGACGGACCUGUUAGAGCCCACUCUACUGGACGAGCUCAUCUGUCAUAUCAGCUCUUUAGCAUCCGUUUACCACAAGCCUCCCACUGCGUUUGUUGAAGGUCGCGGCGCGGGCGUGCGCAAGUCGCUGCCGGCGCGCGGCGCGGCGCCCGAGGAGGCGCACGCGCAGCCCACCGUCAUACCCAACCAGGAGUCUCUGAUCGGCGAUUUGUUGUCUAUGGAUAUUGGCGCUCCGCCUGCGCCGGCGCCGCAAGCUAACCUCGACUUACUUGCUGGAGGGCUCGAUGUAUUGCUGGGCGGCGGCACCAGCUCGCCGGCGCCGAGCAGCGCGGGGCUGCUGACGGACAUCUUCGGCGCGCCCGCCGCCGCCGGGUUCGCGCCGCCGCGCCAGUGCUGGCUGCCCGCCGACAAGGGGAAAGGCCUGGAGAUCUGGGGCACGUUCAGCCGCCAGAACGGGCAGCCGCGCAUGGAGAUGACGUUCACCAACAAGGCCAUGCAGGCCAUGAGCGGGUUCGCCAUACAGCUCAACAAGAACAGUUUCGGCGUGUACCCGGUGGGCGGGCUGUCGGUGGGCGCGCUGGCCGCCGGCGCGAGCGCAGACGCGCCGCUCGCGCUCGCCACCAGCGGGCCCGUGCAGAGGAUGGAGCCGCUCAACAACCUGCAGGUCGCGAUAAAGAACAACGUAGACGUAUUCUACUUCGCGUGCCUCAUUCCAGUCCAUAUCCUGUUCACUGAAGACGGACAGAUGGACAAACGCCUGUUCCUAGCGACCUGGAAGGAGAUCCCGGCCGCAAACGAGGUCCAGCACACAUUAUCCAACGUCAUCGGAAACGCUGACUCCAUCGCACAGAAAAUGACUCUCAACAAUAUCUUUACCAUCGCAAAACGAAACGUAGAAGGACAAGAUAUGCUUUACCAGUCCCUCAAACUUACCAAUCAAAUAUGGGUACUACUGGAGUUGAAACUACAGCCUGGCAACCCUGAAGCGACUUUGAGUCUCAAGUCUCGAACAGUAGAGGUCGCCACUUGCAUAUUCCAAGCUUAUGAAGCAAUCAUAAAAUCGUAAUCUCCCCACGUUAAUGAUAUGUAUAUUUUGGUCAAGAUUAUAGUAUUCCAUAUAAGCGUAUUAUAAAAAGACUUUGUACGACUGUAAAUCGCAUAUGGUUAAGUAUGAAUGUUUAUGUAUGUUGCAAUGAAAUUAUAAUGUAGUCCAUAGCGAGUUAUGUGAUACCAUAAAUCACUGCUGUGUUGAAAAGCGUUUAUUUAAUAAAUAUAAUGUUAUACACAAUA